AUGCGCGCGCUGGCGCCGCUGCUCGCGCUCCUCGCCGCCGCCGCCGCGCUCCCCGCGCCCGCCGCCGCCCGGGGCCCCGCGCCCGCCCUGCUCGUGCUGCGGGCCGCGUGCCGCGCCGCGGACCCCACCCUGUUCUCCGAGAGGCGGCUGCAGCGCUACGCGAACACCACCCUCAAGGAAGCGGCGCUUCGACGACGCCCGUUUCGCAUCCUCAGCUAUAAAAAGACUUGCGGCGAGGAUUGGAAAUCGGAAGUGACGCGCAGCGCUCUGCUGACGAUCGGCGGCGGCGGGGCGGUGUCGUUCGCGGGGUGGGCGGGCUCGGGCGUGUGCGAGGCGGUGUCGGCGGCGGGGCGCGUGCUGCGGCGGGCGGCGGCGGGCGCGUGCGGGGCGCCGGCCGCGCGCGCCGCCGCGGUGGCGCGGCUGGCGGGCCGGCUGCGCUGGCGCCGCGCGCUGCUCUCGUCCCGGGUCGCGCGUGCCGAGUGUUCCGCGUCGCUGCGUGAAGUCGAGCGCGCUCUCAUAGCCGCGGGACUGGCAGUUCGCUACGCGCUACUCUCGACCGACGAGCUCGCUCGCCGACCGCAUGUUGUGAUCAUAUGUGCCUCUCUUCGAUCGGAUCCGGCCAUAGAUGUAGGCGCGUUGGAGGACGCAGUGGACGCGACGCCGGUGGUGCUGAUCGUGCACGUGGACGAGUACGAGACGCCCGGCGCUCCGUCCGCGGCCGCCGAGACGAUCGACGAUACCGAUGACGCUUUUAAAAUGAGCAAUAUCACUUUAGAUGUAGGAAGUUCGCCUUAUAAACGAAAGAGAGAAAAUACCCCGCCCUUUUUAGCUACCGAAAAUGCAAAUGUAUCCGUAGUUCAUCCAGAAUCAUAUAAUAAAACUUUCUUGUCGCCGCCGCCGAAUUCACGUGUAAACAACGUCGCCUCUCCCUAUCACGGUAACAAAACUCGUUACGCAUCCGAAACGACGGGGCCGACCUCUACUACUAUUUUCGAGGAAUAUGGCGAAGUAAACACGAUAAAAACAAGCAUAAUAGGAAAAUCGCUGCAAAAUAAUAUUCCCCGAAUAUAUACCUCGGGAGGCACAAAACAAGUGUCCACAAAUAACAAGUCCAAGGACGAUUUGCAACUUAGUUAUAUUCAAGGGCGCCGUACAGUGCGAGCCACCGGCAUCGAUCUGUCCAUGACUCAGGGACAUACAAAUUUCAAUGAUCUCGUCUCACGAGUCGCACAUCAUAUCCGACGUCGUAUGUUAUUUCUUACUGAUAAGCGACUUGAAACUGAACAAACACCAGUGAUUGACGAUGCCAUAUAUGAGGAAAUACUGGAAGCGCUUCAACAGGACACAGAGGCGGAGCGGACGCGCACUGAAAGUGGCCGUAUGACAUUUUUCUUAUACGAUAGUACUUUUAACGAUCUAAUGAAAUCUAGCUGGCGAUCUGUAGCUGUGCUCGCCACUGUAUCUACUAGAUCCUUAGACAAAUCGGAAGAAUGGCAGACUGUCGUCGAUAUAAUCAACGCAACUCGCAGUUUUGACAUUUGGAGUGAGGAGUACGCCGGUGAUCACGACGACGUAUCACUGGGCGUGACUGUGCCGAUAUUAAUAGUAUGUAUUGUGUCAGCGUUGGUACUUGCUGUUGCACUGAUUUUGAUAGCACGAUGGAUGGCCGUACAUCGACGCCGCAUACGACGACGCGCCGACGCUAUACUGGCGCCCAGUGAUUUUAUAUUUCCAGCGGAUGAGAGACGUCGUGUGGGAGAAGGGAUGGAAACGAUGCUGUCGUGUUGGUUGCAACAGUUGCAUGAAUUCGGAGGACCUGAACUGGAACGACCAGACUUACUGAAGCAGCCUCCUCGAGUCGCUCCUCACGAGCCUUCCGCGCCAUCAUCUACUUGCAGUAUAAAUCGCGUCGCUGCCGAUCGCCGCACUAGAUACAAAGGCGAUGCAGUACAUAUGAAGUAUCUACCAGUGGUCGCCCUCGAGCUGCGACGUAAGGCUACUGACGUAGUCCUGGUGAUGCAAAGUUUACGUCACGAGAAUCUGAACCCUUUUAUAGGAUGCUUGUGCGAGGUGCGGCCCGCGCUGGUGUUCGACCAGUGCGGCCGCGGCUCGCUGGAGGACGUGCUGAUGGCGGACGACAUCAAGCUGGACUGGACGUUCCGCCUGUCGCUGCUCACGGACCUGGUGAAGGGCAUGCGCUACCUGCACGCGUCGCCGCUGCGCGUGCACGGCCGCCUCACCUCGCGGAACUGCGUCGUCGACUCGCGCUGGGUGCUCCGCCUCACCGACUACGGCCUGCCCGGCCUCUACCGCGCCCAAGCACUGCCACAGCCGCAACGCUCCGCUCGCGAGUUGUUGUGGACUGCGCCGGAGGUGCUUCGCGAAGGCCGGGGAGCCGGCCGCGGCUCGCAGCCCGGCGACGUGUUCUCCUUCGCUAUCAUAAUGCAGGAAGUGAUAGUGCGCGGCGAGCCCUACUGCAUGCUAGCCCUCACGCCCGAAGAAAUCGUGGAGAAGUUGAUGCGUCCGCCGCCGCUGAUCCGGCCGUCGGUGUCGAUGGGCGCGGCGCCGCCCGAGGCCGUCAGCGUGAUGCGCCAGUGUUGGAGCGAGGCGCCCGACCUGCGGCCGGACUUCCAUCGGCUACACGACAUAUUUCGACACUUACAUCGCGGCAGGAAAAUAAAUAUUGUGGACUCCAUGUUUGAAAUGCUGGAAAAAUACAGCAACAACUUAGAGGAACUGAUACGUGAGAGAACUGAACAACUGGACAUGGAGAAGAAGAAAACUGAACAACUUCUCAACAGAAUGCUGCCCAGGUCCGUGGCGGAGCGCUUGAUGCUCGGCUCGCGGGUGGAGCCCGAGGAGUUCGAGGAGGUGUCGAUAUACUUCAGCGACAUCGUGGGGUUCACGGCGCUGGCGGCGCGCUCGACGCCGGUGCAGGUGGUGGACCUGCUGAACGACCUGUACACGACGUUCGACGCCGCCAUCGAGCAGUACCGCGUGUACAAGGUGGAGACCAUCGGCGACGCGUACAUGGUGGUGGGCGGGCUGCCGGCGCGCGCGCGCGACCACGCCGAGAGCGUGGCCACCAUGGCGCUGCACCUGCUGCACCUCGCCGGCCGCUUCCGGCUGCGGCACCUGCCCGCCACGCCGCUGCACCUGCGCAUCGGCCUGCACUCGGGGCCCUGCUGCGCCGGCGUCGUCGGCCUCACCAUGCCGCGCUACUGCCUCUUCGGGGACACCGUCAACACCGCCUCGCGCAUGGAGUCCACAGGUGCGGCUUGGCGCAUUCAAGUGUCUGCGACGACCGCGGAACGACUCACCGCAGCCGGCGGCUAUCGCCUGCGGUCCCGAGGUCUCGUUCAAAUUAAAGGCAAGGGUGCCAUGCACACGUAUUGGUUACUCGGAAAGGAGGGAUUCGACAAGCCGCUGCCGACGCCACCGCCCCUAGAGUCUGAAGAAGUCUUAUUCGAAACCGACGGUGAAAACGAGAGCGAGUCGUCUUCGGGUCCGUCGAUGACGCCCGGCAAAUGUUCCCAGAUCAUCGAAAGACAGCGGUCCGAUCCCACGGCUACGCUCGAUAAGUACGCGUGGCAGAGAUCGGGAGCGAUGUCGGCCGACAGCAGCCCCCCCCGCGCGCCGCGCGCCUCCUCCGCCGUCUGCGUCGGCACCGACCACAGCGCACCCUACGCGCGAUACAGGUGCCUGGCGAGCGGGUCGCGCGUGCUGCGGCGGCAGUGGUCGCUGGAGCGCGGCGAGGCGCUGGCGGCGGCGGCGGGCGCGCGCGCGGCCGCCGCCCACGAGCCGCUGGCGCUGCUGCCGCCCGCCACCCCGCGCGCCGCGCCCGCGCGGUACCGCACGCGCCCGCCCGCCUCCGACGACGCCGCCUCGCCGCGCGCCCGCGCCCGCCCCCGCCCCCGCCCGCCCUGA